AUGUGGAAGGCCAUCUUCGGCAAAAAGGUUGACUCGAUCAAGGCGAUCGAUAGCAUAUAUCACUUGUCAGACAACGACUUUCGAUGGCUCCAGGGGUUUCCUCAGCUCAAAGGGUCGGACCGCGUCCAGACGCUAGCAAGUUCAGAAGGCGAGGGCUCAAAGGACGGCUACGCCGAGGAGCCAGUCGGCCCUGUAUCGCAUAGAGAUGUUCUCCUGUACACGGUUGGUAUUAUCAAGGGUGCCACGCAUCCUCUGCUGGACGAAAGUAGCCUCGCUGUGACGGGAACGCAUACGAAAGAGGGCGAAACCUUUUUCACUCUUGAUUUUAGGUAA